AUGACGACCACUGCACCCGAACUAUCAAAGUCAGACUUCUUCGAUUUCGUCACGUCUAAUGAAGUAACGGACGCUCAAUACAAACAACAAAUGCGAUCUGUCAAUGUAUUUAUGGAAUCGCCGGAUUCGCGAUCGAAUCCCCUUCUCUCGGAGGAGCCCAAGGAACAAAACAACAACCUGCUCAGCGUGACCUCCUGCAACCCAAGCAACACCAGCAUGACAACUGCCACCACUUCUAAUUCCUUACAAAGUUUCGAUUCCAUAUGGAACGUCGAUAGAGAUCGCGACCGCUUGGAAACCGCGAUGUUAGAAGAUCUAAAUAAAUUCUACUGGAACCAAGACAGUGAUAUAAGCGGGACACAUCCCUGCACGGACACCACAAUUUCUAAUAAACUAAUCAGCAACAACACUGAUGGACAAAUUUAUACGUUAACUGUACUAAACCAGGAUAAUUGGGUGAAAGAUGAGGACGUUUCCAUGUCCAGUCCGGCUGAUAUAGAACAAAACUCAUCGUUAGAUCUCGAAUCGAUAUUAAACAUGAACGGUUUUCCGAACGAUUUUAAUCAAGAAGCGCUUAACUCAAACAUUCUACCGAAAGUAGAAAACUUCAAUUACGAAGAAAAUGAAUCUGAUAAUCGAAGUUCGGACUUGAACAAUAGUAUAAUAAAGGUAGAACCGUUUAACUAUAAUGAGACUGGUUUCGGAAACAAUGAUAAAAAAGAUGACUCUAACCCGAGUCCGAUCAUCGCUACUUCAGCGAUACUAGACGGACAAGUUGAAUUUAAUAACAACAAUAACGAUUGGAAGUUAUCAGACCAAAAUUCAGAAUCAAACGAAUCUCUCCUCCGGAGUGCGUUACAGGGCAAAGCUUUCAUUCGAUACAGUACAAUACCUAAAAAUUCCUUAACGAAAAUCGAUGCAGAUGCAGAACUAAAAAGAGUAAUUAUCAAUAAUAAUAACAAAGCCGAUGUUCCAUCAAUGUACCAAUCAGAGAAUAAGGAGCACGACACGGAGCUUCUUAUGUCAAUAGCACCGCAAAAUGGGAAUGUCAAUAUAUCAAUAUUACUAGAAGACCCGACAGCAGUUGUCAACAAUGGUGAAAAUGCAGCGCCGACACAAAGCGUGGACGAUCUGUUGUUCUCACAGCUUGACGUCACAUAUUCCGAUGAUUAUGAAAAAUUGAAGAGGAUAACGACUGAAUUGGGGGAAUCCGUCCAGCCGUUCUGUACGGUGGAACCGAUAGAUCCCACCCGAAGCGUUUAUAAUAUUCACAACGUGAACGGUGAGCUGGUAACGAUGAUACCAGCGGGAGAUAUACAGCUGUCCCAACACUUACAAAUGAUGACAGCGUCACCUACAGUGUCUAGCACUAAGUCAAUGGGGAAGAAGCAUAAAAGAUUCCAAAAUAAGAACACUUCCCCUCAAUCGCAGACGCAAACGGGAACAGCGGUGCAAGCGGCGACUUCCACGUCGAAUGGAGUGAGGAAAGAGAGAUCCUUGCACUAUUGCUCGAUCUGUUCAAAAGGUUUCAAGGACAAGUAUUCAGUCAACGUGCACGUGCGAACGCAUACAGGCGAAAAGCCAUUCACCUGUUCCCUAUGCGGGAAAAGUUUUCGACAAAAGGCGCAUUUAGCCAAGCACUACCAGACGCAUAUAGCCCAAAAGACGGCCGCGGCCAACGGAGCCAAGCCAGCCAAGCAGAGGUAA